UCAUGGCUCCGCGAGACUUUCUGAGCUGAUAGGAUAGCAAAGGUACAUGCUAUCUGUCCACUCUCUCCAUUAUUACUGCUGUUCACAACCCAAGGUAAGGAAGGUACUGAGGUGGAAUAAGGUAGUCACCAAGCACCGACAUGCCCCUCGGCCGUUGAUAGAUCCGACACUGACUGACUGGGUACAAUCAUACACUCCUUGCUGUUGCUAUCCCUCCUCCUAACUCGGGUCCAACAAUGCAGCAGAAGUACAUUCCCUCCGUCACACAUCCGACAAUCUGACUUUCUCAAGGGCCCCAGAACACUUCCACUUUGAGCUUCUCUCGGACCAUUUCCAUGCGGUGAAGGGAGGCAAAAGAGGAGGGGCAAUGUACCUACAUAGCUUGCCGUGCUACCGCACCUUAGCUAAGGUACUGAUACGAAUCAGAUAGCUCGGCUUCCGUUCCCCGGUAUUUUUCUGCCAGGCUUUUUUCUGACUUUUCCC